AUGGCAUCAUCCUCCGAUUCACGCCUCGUCACGCUCGCCCGCAGCAUCGUGGAGCACGCAACCGCCGUGGACGCGUAUCUGCAGCAGAAUGGGCUCCUCUCGAAACUCACCGAGAGUGCCGCCGCCGACAUCAACAGCCCUCCCUGGAUGCCCAUGCCGGACGCGGCGGCCGAGGACUCGCGGCAGAAGACCAUGGCCGCUUGCCAGGAGCUGCGCGGGCUCCUCGGGGGGCCGGUGCUGCCACUCCUCGUCGACUGGACGAAGCCCGUGAUUCUGCGUGUCAUUAUACAGCUGCGGCUGGCAGAGCUGGUCCCGCUGCAACCUGCUAACGGCGCCGUGGGAACACCGUUCGCCGACAUCGCCGCCUUGACGCGUCCACCGCUCAGCGAGGGCUCCGUCCGCCGGAUCCUCCGUCAUGCCGCGACGCACGGCAUAUUCUGCGAGCCUUCCGAGGGGCUCGUGGCCCACACGGCCACCUCGGCGCUGCUCGCCCGCCAGCCCCCCCUCAGGGAUCUCGUUACUUACGGCAUGCUGGAGAUGCUGCCCGCGGGCAUGCGGCUGGCCGAUGCUCUGCAACGGUUCCCGGGCAGCCAGGACCCCAACGACACGGGAUCCGCCCUGGCAAACCUUGAGCGGGAGCUCGUGUCUCUGGAUUCCCAUCCCCCCGCCAACAACAAUAACAACAACAGCGACAGGGAUGCCGCGGUGGCGCUUUCGGACCGGAAGAGCCUGUGGCAGGUCCACUCGGAAGAACCCGAGGUCGCACGGCGCUUCCACGCAGUCAUGAUGCACGAGUUCUCUGACGUGGGCGCCCUGUUGGACGAGUUCCUCGGCGGCCAGAUCGGGAUCGAAGGGAAAAAGAUCGUCGACGUCGGCGGUGGACGAGGAGCGCUGGCGGUCCAGGUGGCCAGCAAGAGUCCCACCACCCGCUUCAUCGUGCAGGACUCGGAAGACAAUGCCAGAGAAGGGCAGAAGAGUCUCCCGGCCGAGCUUCAGGGGAGGGUGCAGUUCAUGGCCCACGACUUCUUCUCCCUGCAGCCGGUCAAGGACGCCGACAUCUACUUCUUCCGCUGGAUCCUUCACGACUGGAGCGACGAGCACGCCGUCAAGAUCAUACGCAGCCUCGUCCCGGCGUUGCGUCCCGGUGCGAGGGUGAUCCUGAACGAGCUGGUGGUACCUAGACCGGGAACUGAGUCGCCCGAAGUCAUCAAAUCAGCGCUGUAA